ACCUCCAACCCCCACCCCCACCAAAAAAAAAAACUGUUUCUUUACCUCAUCAUUUCUCCCCCUCCUUUACCAAGGCUCUUCCUUUUCUUCUUCUGCUUCUUCUUCUUCUUCUUCUUCCAGCCAUGGUUCAACAGUCCUAGCGCUACCCACCCACCGCUUUCAAUCUUACCCACUUCCCUCUCUUUUUCUAUUCCCCUGAACGUCACACAGUUGCAGAGAUACCCCUUCCAAUAAGGUAAGUGAAAAACAGAGAGAGGUUCAGCAAUCCAUCAAAUUGUUGUUCGUAGUAAGCCCAAUAGUUUUAGUAGGAAUUUUAGCUCACCAUGUGUGUUUGAUGCUGUUUUGGCGCAGACAAGAGCCAGAGGAGGCCUCAGCAGCAGGAUGAGCCGCAGGCACGACAACAGGAAGCUGGAGCUGAAGCUCAACAUAUCGCCACCAAUGGGUGGUGGGAGCAACAGCAACCACCUGAGAUUGGAGUCGUCGCCGAGCCGGUCGGCCACGGUGUCACCGACUUCCCCACCGAGCUCCUGCGUGUCGUCGGAGCUGAACCAGGACUCCGACGGUGGGUUGAGGUAUUCCAACAGCCCCGAAGCGACUUCCAUGGUGCUCGUGGGUUGUCCUAGGUGCCUUAUGUACGUGAUGCUCUCCGAGGAUGAUCCCAAGUGCCCCAAAUGCAAGAGCACCGUCUUGCUUGACUUCCUCCAUGACAACAACAAUUGCAACAUGAGGGGAAAGAAGUGAUCGAAAACAAGUUUUCUUAGGAUUUAAUCAUUAUUAUUACUAUAAGUGGUUCUCUGUAGGCAAAUCUAUCUUCCUAUCCAUGCUAAGUAGCGCUAUUUGCGCUCCAUUUCUAAGCUUCAUUCUCUGGCAGGCAACUUCACGAAAAAAAACAACAAAUACAAAGAGGAUGGCAUAGCAGGCAGCUAAGUCGGAUGAAGUGGAGCGCGAAUAGCACUUCUUUUCUAUUUUUUUUUUUUUUUUUUUUUUUUGGGUAUGUGGUGGGGGGUGUUCUAGUUCUCCUUUCUUCGUGAGCAAAAUAGGAUUCAACAUUAUGGGCAAUAUCAGAAGACCAAAUGUAAAACCGGUGUAGCUGCAGCAGCUGCCCAAAUUUUCCUAUGGGGAAAACUGCUUCGAAAGUGGCUUGUUUUUCUCUUUCUAUUUUCCGUUUUCCCCAUCGUUCCCUCACCUAUGUUGUUACUUUUGGGUUAUUUUGUACCACUUACUUGCUAACAAACCAAUCACACCAUGCCACAUCAACAACAGCUGCAGAGUUCCAAAAUUAUACUGAAAAAUGAAUCGUCUGAGCGUGA